UGUACCACAACAUUGACGUCAUUGUAAGCAACAUGGCAGCUCCCAUGAACACUGUGGGUAAAACCCCAGCUGAACGUUUACCGGUUUAUAGUACGAGCUUUCAGAAGAAAACAAGGAGUAAACUGAUCUCCAUACCCGGAACCAGACCUUCGGUCCAAAAUGGACAGCUCCUAGUUUCGACCGGUGUCACGUCGUUGGACUAUCUGCUCGGUGGUGGAUUAGCAGUUGGCACAGUGCUUCUCAUUGAGGAGGACCGAUAUGACAGCUACUCCCGCAUGAUCUUGAAGUACUUCCUGGCAGAAGGAGUGGUGUGUCGGCAUGAACUUUUUGUGGCAACAGCUCAAGAUACUCCUGAUGACAUCCUACAGGAGCUUCCUGCCCCCAUCUUGGAUGAUAUUGCUGUUCCCAAACCUGUGGAGCAUUCCCGGUUGACUGGUGAGCUUCAGGAGAGUUUGGAUGCCAUGAAGAUUGCCUGGCGCUAUCAGAAUCUUCCUAAAGUGCAGAGUGCUUUGGCGUCUUCCUCUCGAUUCGGACACUACUAUGAUGUCUCGAAGACGAUGGAGGUGGAAAUUCGCCAAGCGACCAAGUGCCACCUCUUCUACCUUCCAGAUCACGUCACCCCGCCAUCAACGGCACACAGAGUUGAGUCCUACUCUGCCUUACUGAGGUCACUGCAAGAGGUCAUACACAGAGAGGGCUUUGAUUUGGCAGCCCCCAUGUUCUCACAGUCAAAGUCACGUAACAUCCUGCGUGUGGGGCUUCACUCUCUGGGCUCAGUUCUGUGGGGGGAUGACCUGUGUUGCCAUGACAAACCUAGACACAGCCACGCCCUGACUACCUUUCUGUAUGGGCUCCGUGCGUUGCUGAGGUCGUCACUGUCGGUUGCUGUAGUAACUAUACCUUCUCAUCUCAUCCAGGACAGAGCUCUAAUGGGCAGCAUAACUCGGCUGUGUGACAAUGCCAUCGCCCUGGAAUCAUUCAAAGGCUCUGAGAGAGAGACCAACCCUCUUUACAAAGACUACCAUGGCCUGCUAUAUGUACGCCAGGUACCUCACCUGAACUGUCUGGCGAGCCAACUUCCUGACCACAAGGACCUGGCCUUUAAGCUCAAGAGGAAACAGUUUAGUAUUGAGCGAUUGCAUUUGCCUCCGGACUUAUCCGAGACGGUGAGUCGUGUCAGCAGGGGGGAUCUUGCAGGAGUGGCUUCUGCAUGUGGCUCCAAAAAUCUAGACUUCUGACUUCAGGAAACCAAUUGGAUUGCUGGAAUUGGAAUGCUGUGGCCGUUGCCCUCUUUGCUGUGGCGACCAGGGUGUUGCGUCGUUCAGGUGAUGUCAACUGCGACAUGACAGCCAGCUGUUUCCACCUGCCAAUCAACCCAUUCAGGGGUGAAGAUCUAAAGAUCCACAACACCUCUGCUCAUAACAAACACAUUUAUUAUUAGCAUUUAUGUUUUGUAUGGAAAAAUAUGAAAUUGACAUAAUUUUGUUUAUACAUUGUCUAGUGAUCUUCAAAACUGUCAUAAAAACUUGCAUUACAAGACAAGUUAGUUUCUUUUUCACUCUUGUUACCCACACAAAAAGCUAAUUUCUUAACCUAAUUAGAUUCCAGGUAGAAGAAUUAUUUAAGAUUUGGUACGUUUAAUUUAUUUGUGUUUGUCUCUGCCUCCAGUGUAAUCAUGAAAUAUUACAGCCGUUACGGAUUCUCCGUCUUGGCAAACAUUGAAUAAUUUAUCUUUGUUCUUGGCUUUUUUUUACAAACAAGAGGCAUCCGCUGCGCUGCUCCACCAUUUACAUCAUUCAGCAAAUACAAUUUAUGUUUCGGGACGUUACAGUGUGGCCCUGUGAAAUUAAUUAAAGAAGAGAACAACUGUACAAAACCCAACACGUUCUCUCUACUUGAAUUUUAGUUCAGCUCUGAGGAGGAUCCUGAAUGGCAGCUCUCUGAUCUGCCUGACUGGUUGUAGGUUCAUAUAGAAAUUUCUCAGUGUGAUCCACACCGCUUUGAUGAGGGGAAUCUAUGUCCACCUAGCAGAGCAAAAUAAAAAACACCUGAAUGUGGGCAGAGGGAAUAGGAAAAGCUGGGUUUGGGUUUAGGCUUCACACCUGAUCAGCUGUGUUUACUGGAGGAACUGCUUUGUGAUGACAACUGUUACAUGGAGUAAAAAAAAAUGAAUCAACAUGAAAAAUUAAA